AGUAGGAGGCAGUCUCCAGUGUCUGGGCGUCCUGGUUUCCGCCGAGCUCGGGAGUACCCCGGGAAGGCGGAAGCAGCUUUUCCCACGUCCCUCAGUCCCCGGGUCAGUGAGGCUCCGAGGUGCAAGGCCGGGCUCCGGCCGAAGCUGCUUUCAUCAUGGCCGGGGGAUUCGAGCUCGCGCCGGCGUCUGGCGGCCCUCGGGUGGUCUUGUCGCCCGGGGAGACAGUGAUCGGACGCGGGCCGCUGCUGGGUAUAACAGACAAAAAAAUAUCAAGAAAACAUGCCAUCCUGGAGGUGAUAGGUGAUCAACUUCGAAUCAAACCGACCCAUAUAAAUCCUUGUUUUUAUCAGUCUUCUGAAAAGAGCCAGCUAUUGCCAUUGGAGACAAAUAAAUGGCAUUGGUUGAAUCCUGGAGACAGUUUUUCCUUAUUAGUUGACAAAUACAUUUUCCAUGUUUUCUCUACAUGUUCUGAAGUGGAAUGCACUUUACGGAAUAGUCAGAUGCUUGAUGAAGAUGAUCUGUUCAAUGAAUCACCCACAUCCCUUGUAAAGAGCUUUCCUGUUGCUAUUGAAUGUGCUAAUUCUCCAGCGGAACCAGUGUCACAUUGUACCAAACAUACUAAUUCGAGCCGGUGCUCAGAGCUGGAGGAAACAAUGGAAGUAGCCAUGCCAGUCACUAUACCCCAGAAUAAUUUGCUUCUUCCUGCAAAAUAUAGAAACAGUAGUGAGCAACCAAGCUGUAUCCAGAGGAAACGAAUCCUCCCACCUUGGAUGGUUCAAGGAGAUCUGAAUGUUCAAAACCUUGAGGUGCCAUUUGCCCAGGAAGAUAAUGAAACAACAAAAGGAAGAAUCUGCACGUAUCCAACAUCAUCAAAAAGAAACAAAAGGUUGUCUUCCUCAGAAAAUUCAGAAAAUAUUGAAGCAGAACAAGACCCAAGGAAAAAGUGCAGGGUUACUGAUCAGGAAGAAUCUACCAGUUCAUCAAAGGAAGUGAGUGGAUCAUCUGUUGUAAUAGGUGUGAAUAAAACAGAAAUGACUAAAGCCAAGUCUGAAAGAUCUGAAAUCCCAGGAGAGCAGAUCAGUGAAAAUCUCCAUGAUGAGGAGUGUGAACAUAGAACAUCUCCUAGAAGCAAAAGAAAUAAGAUGGAUGAAUAUGAAAAAGAUGUGCCCAUGGAAUAUUCUGGGAAUCCCAAGAGUCACCAUGACAACUUAUUCCACAAUAAGGACCCAGAGCUUGACCCAGAACUGAGCUCUGAUCUUGAAGCCUCGAGUUCAACUACAAGCAUAGCUGUUCCACAAGAUUCUGGGGAAAAUCAUUCCAAGAGAACACCUUGCAUUUAUGGAGCAAGUUGCUACAGGAAGAACCCUGUCCAUUUUCAACAGUUCAGCCACCCUGGUGAUAGGGAUUACAGAGAUGUGCAAGUCAUGAAUCAAGAUGAGGAUGACAACAGACCUGAAUGCCCAUAUGGAACUUCUUGUUACAGGAAGAAUCCUCAACACCAGAUAGAAUAUAAGCACAGUGAACCUUCAGAGAUGAAAACCAAAAGAUCUAGGCACAAAGCUGCUAAGAAAGGUGCAAGUGUUUUGGAUGAAGAUAGUGCUAAUGAUGGCCAACCGAAUGAGUAUGAUUUGAAUGACAGCUUUUUAGAUGAUGAAGAAGAAGAAUAUGAACCAACAGAUGAGGAUUCUGACUGGGAGCCAGCAAAUGAAGACCAAGAAGAUGAAGAUGUUAAAGAGCUUUUGAAAGAAGCAAAAAAGUUCAUGAAAAGAAACAAAUAACUCCUCCUUCAGUAAUAUGCAAUAUUGUAUAUUAAGUUGAUUUUCUCUUAAAGAAAAGACAUCCAGGGUUGAGGUGCCUGGGAAGUAAUUGUUUUCCUACCUUUUAUAGUUUUAAUUUUUAAUCUUGUCCUUUUGAAAAUAUAAAAAUUUAAGCCUUCAGGAUCAUGGAAUAGCUACUGAGCAAUCAUGCUUUUCUAUUGUAAAAAUAAAUUUAAUUUAAUUGUCUUGACUUUUAAAUUUUGUUCCUAAAUGUUCACGAGGGAACUCAGUUAAGUAGCAAUUUUUUUUUCUCACAUACUUUUCUUCUGGCAAUAAAAGUGAAAAACAAUAGACUUAGAGAGUCUGCCUUUGUACAGACCAGUUUUUCAUUGACCAGUAAUUUUGUCUUUUAAGAGAAAAAAAAUGCUAUGCAAGUACAUGCAAAAAAUUCUGUCAUUAGUAAGGAAGUUGAAAUUUUUCUUGGUUAUCGUAGUUCUUAUAAACUGAACCAGAUUUUUUAAAAUGAUAGCCUUUAUAUAAUGAUUGUACUUAAAAAAAAUAGUCUAAGUGACCACUGCAGUUUUUUAGACUCACUCUUGAGAACUUGGAAAAAAUCAGUCAAAAUGGAUCCUGACAACAAUGAAUAUAAGUGGUAACUAUGCAGGGAUGCUAUUUUAUGCCCCACAUCAUGUUUCUGUAAUUUUUGGCUUUUCUUAGUUUAAGUGUGGAAAAGCUUAAUAGCUUUAUGUGAAAUUAUCAUCUCAGGGAAUAAUUUCUAACUCCGAAGAAGCUUUCUUUACAUUAAGAAUAUGGAAAUAAUUUGGACAGUGUACAUGUUCUCCUGAUUGGCCUUGGCUCUAGAUGAAAAUUACAACUCAUGUGUUGGUACCUUUUUAGCUGGUGAAAAUGGUUUAUUUCCCAUUGACAUAAGGGGAGGCGGGGGAGACACACAUCAAAUUAAGUGAAAAUCACUUUAAAAAUUAUGGUGUUUACAUUUUAGCUUAGUUUGUAUAAAAAACAGGUCUUAGGGGAAUAAGAUGCUAUAUAUGUGAAGGAAAGGAGGUCUCCUCUUUUAUUCAUACCUCUCAGUAACAAUCGAGUGUGUAUGUCAGAGGGAUUGGAGGUGCAGCAUGGAAAUCGUUAAUCUCUAAAUCAAAAGGUAUCUUUGUAAAGCUAAGCCAUAAUACUGUUCUAUUCAUAUUCAUUUUUUAAAAACUUUUUGUUAAAAUUCCAUAGUUAGGAUCAGUGUUGGACUAAUAUUUUAAAAAAUUCUCUCCAGGUACUUGUGCAGUGCUUAAACUGUGCAGUACGUGUGGUUAUGAGAAAUGAACUUACUUUCUCUAGGCAUAAGAACUUAACCAUUCUUAUUUUAUAUUUUGGAGGUUUUUGGUCCACAGUUGUUAUUUGAUCACUGUAAAGAAAUUGUGAUGUGGAAACAUCUCCUACAGAUUCAGAUAGGCAACUCCUCUGUAACUGAGAAUCCUAGAGAGUUGCCAGUGGCACUGGGUCUGAGGCACAGCGUGGGCCCAGAUCUUCAUUAGGCCAAGGCCAGCCCUCUCUCAUUUUUAAAGGCUUUCCUCUUAAAAGUUGUUUCUCAUGCAUAACUUAAGAUGAUAAAAGAUUCCUUAAUAGAACAUAACAGAGACUAUCAUUAAAGUGAUGGACCCUCUUA